CGAGCGGUGAGUGAGUGAACCCCCGAGUCAGUCGCUAGCGAGUCGCACUGUCGGGGCCCUGAGUUGGCGCGACGCGCGUCCCGUACUUGUAAUAUUCAAUUAAAAAUCGGUUGAUUUGAGCUUAAAUAGAACAAAGCCCCAAAUACCGAGUGAAUAGUCAGUACCUGACAAUCGAUAAUUCGAUCAGUCGAUCGACGAAUCAGUGGAUUAAUUAAAAAGCUUCGGAACGAGUGUGAAACGAGGAUUGUUUCAUUGAGGAUUAGCCACUGAGGCACAUCCAGGAUGGCGGUGUUCGGUCUUGUAUCGGCCGUGGCCGGUUUCGUGAAAGUGCGGUAUCUCAUAGACAAGGCCAUUAUCGAUAAUAUAGUCUUUAGGGCGCACUACAGAAUUACAUCGGCCAUUCUGUUCGCCUGUUGCAUCAUCGUUACAGCCAACAACUUGAUCGGGGACCCAAUAAAUUGCAUAGCUGAUUCUGCAGUCCCUGGGCAUGUGAUAAACACCUUCUGUUGGAUAACCUACACCUACACCCUCCCUGCCAAUCAGAUGAAGCAAGUUGGAACCCAAGUUGCUCAUCCAGGACUUGGUACUGACACCGGCGAGAAGAAAUACCACUCGUAUUACCAGUGGGUACCGUUCAUGCUCUUCUUCCAAGGGCUACUGUUCUACGUACCCCACUGGAUGUGGAAGCAGUGGGAAGAGGGCAAAGUUAGGAUGAUCUCUGAAGGUAUGCGUGGGGCAAUGGUCGAAUCCAAGCAGGAGAGACAGGCCAAAGCCUCCAAGCUUGUUCAGUAUAUCAUGGACACACUUCAUCUGCACAAUAGUUAUGCUGCUGGGUACUUCUUCUGUGAGGCACUCAACUUCGUGAAUGUCGUUGGAAAUAUUUUCUUCGUCGAUACUUUCCUCGGCGGUGCGUUCUUGACUUAUGGAACCGAAGUGGUUAAAUUCAGUAACAUGAAUCAAGAGCAGCGAAGUGAUCCCAUGGUUGAGAUUUUUCCCAGAAUUACAAAGUGCACAUUCCACAAAUUUGGUGCAUCUGGAACCAUUCAGAAGCUCGAUGCACUUUGUGUUCUUGCAUUGAAUAUUCUCAAUGAGAAGAUAUAUAUUUUCCUGUGGUUCUGGUUUAUUCUACUUGCUGCCAUGUCUGGUCUGGCAUUGCUAUACAGUAUGGCUGUUGUUCUAUUGCCAAGCACGAGGGAGGCCAUUCUCAAGAAGAGAUUCAAGUUCAGCACGUCAUCCGGGGCCAGUUCACUCGUUAGAGAGACUCAGGUCGGUGAUUUCCUCCUCAUCCACCUUUUGGGUCAGAACUUGAACAUGAUGCUCUUCAGCGAGGUACUGGACGAGCUGUGCCGUCGUCUGCACGUCGGCUCGAGCAGUGGUGCUUCCCCAGCAUCAGUUCCAUCAGCCCCGAGUACCCUCGAGAUGUCACCGAUCUACCCGGAGAUCGAGAAGUACUCGAAAGAUACAGAAAUUUAAACCCUCAUAAGCCCUCCCCCUCAAUUAUCCUCCCCUUAUUUGUGAUAAACACGUUAGGGUGCCUUCGAAUGCAAUGAGGUUGCGCUAUCAACGUGAGUUGAAUCAAUAAUUAAUCAUUACUCUCCUCCCUCCCUGAUGAGAUUAACCGCUCAGUUCCUAGCGUAACCGAGAGUAUCUGAAACUCUUUCUUAUUCAAUUUUAUUAAUUACUUGACUUGCCAGGCCUAGAAAUUUCAACGGCAACAUUCAUAAUUUUUUUCUACGAUAUUUUUUUUUGUGUUCUCUAUUUUUUUUUCUCGUUACAAACGGUGCAAUGCUCGAAUGAUUUAAUAAAGUUGUAAAAUGAUAGAUGUGCAGGAUUUUUUCAACGUAAAUAAAAUAAAAAUAAAGUGCAAAUUUAUUGUCGAUUCGCUUUGGAUCAGUGGGCUGUGACUCAAUCGAUUCCUCAUGCAAAGCGAACAACUGAAUCCGAUGAACAAAAAUCGAAAUAAAAAUACCGCUAUCGAGCCUCUGCAUGAUUUUUUUUCUUAAAAAUAUGAAUGGAAUAAAUACCGGACAUACUCCAAUAUUUGCACGAAUAUUUUCAAAAAGUAUGAUUCUGCAAUUUUAAUAAUAUUUCUCACGCUUCAACCCCAUUUAUUCGAGGAUCUAUGAUUUACUGGUAAAAUUACAUAAAUAAAUGUCUCGCAUUGACAAAAAAUAAGCCAAUAAAUCUCCACUGAAAAUAUGAUAAACUAUUUGAGUGCAUGAUCCGUCCAGGGCGCCAUAAAACGUGUUCCAUAAACUUGUAAUCAUUGAAUUCCACGACAUAUUUUUAAUCGUAAUAAAUCGCUAAUCAUCGAUCAUUAGAGACUAGGAGUUAGUUGCUCAAUAAAGUAAAAAGACAAAGGUGCCAAGUGUUUUAAAAAAAAAAAUUAGUGAAGCUUAAGUUAUCGCUCCAUCUCAUUACCGUCCUUGAGUUAACUAUUAUCCUCAUUCAUUUAUUGCUCUCCCCCGUAACCUUAUUCAAAUGCCAAUAGAAAACUGGCGAUAUUGAAUAUCAUUGCGGUGAGUGUUUGCGAGUUGUGAUCGGAUUUGCCCCUGGACACUGUACUCUAUCAAACGGAAUUGAUGAUUCAAUGGAUAAUGAUCAGGAUUCGUCAGAUACUUUGAAUCAUCUAGCCCUCGAUGAUUUUAUCUUUUAAAUAAGGCUUAUUACUUCUUCAGUUCAGCAGCGAAGGUCUAAAAGUUUACUCAUAAUAAAAAAAAAUUACUCAUGGAAUAAUUCCACGUGAAAUUGUUGAUAAUUAUGGAAGUGGGUUACGAUUAUCUCAUUCAUGAGCUUCGAACAAUAAUAUUUUAGCAGAUGAGACAAUAAAAAAAAUCACUAAGAGAUUCUGAUCCAAUCGAGGGGAUCAUAAGAUUGUACUAAUGAUUUAGUCGCAUCGCUGCUGAUCUCAUUAUAACGUAUCGUUAAAUUAUCCAAAAAAAAAGCCUCUCAAACUCGAAUUGUCUACGAAGAGUGUGAAUUUCGUAGUUGAAUUGAAUUCAAAGAUGAAAGCUCUGAGACGAUGAAUUAACGAGGAUUUUAUAUAGACAAAUGGUUUAUCUUUCGAUUCAACUUGAAUAUGCAAUUCAUAGUUUAUUACUCGUAUUAUGACCAGCACGAGGUAGUCGUCUGGGUAGAAAUCGACGCAUGAAGCUAAGUGAUAUGUUCUAGGGACGAGAGUGAGUACGAAUUGAGUUAUUAGGUGGAACUGCCUUUUUUAGAUUUAUACUAAUAUGUUAAAGUAGAUAUUAAGAAUUUUGAGUGAUGAAAAUAUAGGAAUGUAAUGAAAUAUUUAAGGAUUAAA